CUGGUGCUGGUGGGCGACGUGCAGUGCGGCAAGACGGCCAUGCUGCAGGUGCUGGCCAAGGACUGCUACCCCGAGACAUACGUGCCCACGGUCUUUGAGAACUACACGGCCUGCCUGGAGGGUGACGAGACACGCGUGGAGCUCAGCCUGUGGGACACCUCCGGUGCGGGGGGGGUUGACACGCGUGUCUGGGGGGGGUCUCUGUGCUGUCUGCUCCUCCUCCCCCCUGUGUGGCUCUGCCACUGCAGAGCUUGGAAGACAGAAAUCCUGGACUACUGCCCCAGCACCCGGGUGCUGCUGAUCGGCUGUAAGACGGAUCUGCGAACCGAUCUGAGCACUCUCCUGGAGCUGUCCCACCAGAAGCAGGCUCCUGUCUCCUCCGAGCAGGGCUGUGCCGUGGCCAAGCAGCUGGGAGCUGAGAGCUACCUGGAGUGCUCUGCCUUCACCUCGGAGAAAAGUGUCCAUAGCAUCUUCCGCACAGCCUCUGGCGUUUGCCUGAGCAAGGGCAGCCCCCCGCCCCCCAAGAGCCCCGCACGCAGCCUCUCCAAGCGCUUGCUGCACCUGCCCAGCCGCUCCGAACUCAUCUCAUCCACCUUCAAGAAGGAAAAGGCGAAAAGCUGCUCUGUCAUGUGAAAGGGGGGCCUGCUUCCAGCCCCUGGACACUCUCCAGCCCCCACAAUGGGGAGGGGGGGAGGGCUGCCCCAGCAGGGGGGAGCUGGGAGCCGGGUCAUACCCCGCCAGAAGCGCGGGCCCCAUGGUGAGGCCUUCCCCUGCAGAGGGGAUUUGGGGCCUGGAGGCUUCCCCGGCUGCGGCAGCCCCAGAAUCGGCCCAGCUCAUCGCAAUGCUUCCCACGCAGGCUCCGCGCACGUUCUCCGGGGGAUGGGGAGAGGGGCGGCCGGGGCCCUGGGGUG